UCCGUCGGACCACUAUUGGCGACGAGCGGAACAUUCAAGCAGCAAAAAUCCAAAAUCACACAUUUUUAAACUUCUUUCUGUAAUUAAAGAUAAAACAUGGGAGAACAACCAGUGAGAGUUUUGGCGUGUGGGGACGUUGAAGGCCGGCUGACCGCUCUGUUCAAUCGAGUCCAGGCCAUCCAGAAGAAGACGGGACAGUUUGAUUUGUUGCUGUGCGUUGGAGAGUUUUUUGGGACGACGCCGGAGGCCGAAGCAGAGUGGCAGCAGUACAAAACCGGAGCCAAGAAAGCUCCCAUCCACACCUACAUCCUCGGAGCAGCGAGCCAGGAGACGGUGAAGAACUUCCCGAGCGCUGAUGGCUGCGAGCUGGCUGACAACAUCACGUAUCUGGGUCGGCGAGGUGUGUUCACGGGCGUGUCGGGGUUACAGAUCGCCUACGUCAGCGGUCGAGAGGCUCAGCAGGAACCGGCCCCGGCUCACUGCUUCACCUCCAAAGAUCUGUCGGCCCUCGUGGCUCCGCUGACCAGCAGCUCCAAGUUCAGAGGGAUCGACAUCCUGCUGACGUCACAGUGGCCCCGAGGGGUGUGGCACUACGGAAACAACCCGGAAGUGAACACAAAGUUCUGUGGAAGCGGCUCCGUCGCAAACCUCGCUGACAAACUGAAACCGCGAUACCACUUCGCUGCACAAGAGGGCGCUCACUAUGAAAGGCUCCCAUACAGGAAUCACGUUAUUCUCCAGGAAAACGCUCAGCACGUCAGCCGCUUCAUCGCCCUGGCAACAGUCAACAACCCAGCGAAGAAGAAGUAUUUGUACGCGUUCAACAUAAUCCCCAUGAAGACCAUGGAUCCUUCAGAGCUGGUGAAGCAGCCGCAGGACGUGACAGAAAACCCCUACAGACACCCGGCUAAAGACAAGACAGGCAAACAAAACACAGGCUUCGGCGCCACAGAGGAGGAGGAGCCGGCCCAUCAGUUCUUCUUCGACCUGAGCAAGAAGCAGGGUGGGGGUCCUCGAGGCCGCGGCAGGAAGAGACAUACAGACGGGGAAUGGCAAGGACGAGACCAGCAGCGUGACGGAGACGGGCAUCUUCAGGGACAACCCAAACAGCCCCGCAGGCCCCCUCAGCCCACUGGUCCCUGCUGGUUCUGUCUGGCCAGUCCUCAGGUGGAGAAACACCUCGUCAUCAGCAUAGGAACACAUUGUUACCUGGCGAUGGCGAAAGGCGGCCUGACUCCUCACCACAUGCUGAUCCUCCCCAUUGGUCACUACCAGUCCGUGGUGGACCUGAGCUCGGAUGUGGUGGAGGAGAUGGAGAAGUACAAGUCGGCCCUGAAGAGCUUCUACAAGAGCAAAGGGGAGCGCUGCGUGGUGUUUGAGAGGAACUACAGGAGCCAACACCUGCAGCUGCAGGUGGUCCCGGUGCCGCUGGACCGCUGCUCCACGGAGGACAUCAAGGAGGCGUUCAUGGUCCAGGCUCAGGAGCAGCAGAUGGAGCUGAUGGAGAUUCCUCAACACACCGACCUCAAACAGAUUGCUCCUCCAGGGACUCCGUACUUCUACGUGGAGUUGGACUCGGGGGAGAAACUCUACUACCGCAUCCAGAAACAUUUUCCUCUGCAGUUUGGAAGGGAGGUUCUGGCCAGCGACGCGUUGCUGAACAUCCCGACUCGAGCAGACUGGAAAGAGUGUAAACAGAGCAGAGAGGAAGAGGAGGAGAGCUGCAAACAGCUAAGAGACAGUUUCCAGCCGUUCGACUUCGCCUGGGAAGACUAAAACUAUCCCACAAUCGCUGUUUGUUGUUUCGGUGUUGUUGUUUUUGUUCUACAAGACAUCCUUAAACAAAUAGUUUGACGUUUUCAGAAACGCACGUUGUCGCGUUCUUGCCGAAGGUUAGACGAGAAGAUUGAUACCACACUUGCAUAUGUGGUGAAGCUACAACCAGCAGCCCAUUAGCUUAGCUUAGCAUAACACCUGGAACCAUCUGUGUCCAACAUGUCUAAAACUAACUAUUUAACAUCUUAUAUCUUGUUUCUGUAAUCAGUGAGCUUUAGAAGUGCUGGUAGGUGGAUUUGUUACCUUUUGUUACCCAGCUUUAUGCUAAGCUAAGCUGGCUCCAGCUACAUAUUUAGCACACAGACAUAAGAGUGGUAUCGAUCUUCUUGCCUAACUCUCGGUAAGAAAGUAAAUACAUGUUAUUUCUAAAUGUACCCAAAUGUUUUGUUCCGUUUUUUUUUUGCGGGUGAAGCGAUGGAGGGAACUCCGAUAUUAGCAGCGAACUAUCAGUUUUGUAAGUUAAAAAAAGCUUUUCUUAAAUUCUAUACAUUUUUCAUAAAGUUUUCUUUCACAACAACGUUUUAUUUUUAUUACAGGAGUCUUUUCUUUAUCAACAUGAAGUUGAAAUUCACAAAGUGUUGCUGGCAAAAAAGCAGCGAGAGAAGCUCAAAUGUGAUAAAGUGUUUAAAACUGAUUGUUUUGGAUUGUUUGUGAAGAUUUUGGGUCUUUUACUUUUUCCUGUCAAUGUUCCAGUUUGUUCAGCUGCAGGAUGAACCCUUUCACAAUAAAAUUUUAAUCCUCACAGACUAAACCUUUAUAAAUAAACAUUGUACAAACCUGAACAGCAGCUCACAAACAUUUUCUAUCAUUUCUAUGGAGACUCUUUUGUUUUAAGUGUAAGAAUUGUUUUUAAAUGUGUUUCUUGUAUUUUGUAAAUGAUAAAAUGUACAAUUAAACUCUCAUUUUGGGGUUUUCUGGCAUCGUGUUUGUCAUAAGUUCAAUAAAAGGCAGAA